AUACCAAAACAAUUCACAAUAUUCGCAACAAUAUUCACAACAAUACUCACAACAGCAAUAUUCACGGCAAUACUCUCAGCAAUACUCACAACAAUAUUCACAACAGCAACAUUCACGGCAACAAUAUCAACAACAUUCGCCUCGUCAUUCGUAUCCUUAUCAGUAUUCACAACAACAUCAACAAAAUCCUCGCCGUCCUAAUUAUCCACAUCACCAAUAUUCACGGCAGCAGCAGCAUCAUUAUCAUCAACAAUCUUCUCAGUAUCCUUAUCCUCAACAGCAAUAUCCGUGGAAGUAA